AUGGCGGUGCUCUGCCGGGCCGACAGCAGCAAGGCCGCCCUCCACCUGCCCCCGGCGGCGCGCCCGCGGUGGUGCUGCCGGCGCCCGCCGGCGGUGCGGCGCUCGGUGGCGCCGUGGGAGAAGGACUUCUGCGAGUCCCGCGGGGUGCCGUGGCGCAAGGUGACGGACCCGGCCGUGGGGCUCAACGCCGACGCCGAUGGCAACGUCGCGCGCUGGGAUGACUCGGGCGCCGUCGAGGCGCUCCUCGCCGCCAGGAGGCGCUACUGGGCGGAGAUCAACGGCGGGCUGAGAGCCGCGCGCGGCGCCGCGGUGCCGCCGCUGCCCGACCCGGACAUGUACGUCGACGCGGUCGUCGAGGAGGACGGCGGCGCGGCGGACCCCGCCGUGGAGGCGGAGUACGCGGCGGCGCUGCGGGACAUGGAGCACGCGCGCGAGGAGAGCGCCCGGCUGCACGCCGCCAAGCUGCGGGACGACUUCGUGCCGGUGCCUACCGGCUGGGACGACGCCUGA